AUGGACGAGAAACAUGCUACAUCUGGUAAUAUCCUGUUGAAGUCAGCUAAAGGUGCGACCUUUUUAGUGCUUGGUCAGCUCUUUACCAAGAUGUCUACCUUUUUAUUGAAUAGUUUACUCAUAAGAUUUCUAUCCCCAAGAAUCUUUGGUAUAACAACUUUUUUGGAGUUUCUAUUGAAUACUAUACUGUUCUUUAGUAGAGAGGCUAUAAGACUCUCUGUAUGGCGUAUUUCUGACAGUAAGACAAAUUUACAAAAUGUAUUCAAUUUUGGAUAUCUGUCAAUUUUCAUUGGUAUUCCACUAUCAAUUGUACUGACGGUUUGGCAGUACAAUAAUAUAAACAGUUAUUUUGUAAAUUUGCCAUUCUUCAACUGGUCCAUAUUGAUUAUCUGGUUAAGUGGUCUUUUGGAAUUAUUAAGCGAACCAUUUUUCAUUUUGAACCAAUUUAUGCUAAAUUAUUCGAAAAGAUCCAAAUUUGAAAGUCUUGGGGUACUGUUAGGUUGUUUAGUAAAUUUUGCCAUCAUUACUGGCUUUGAGCGUGACUGGAUUAUAUUUACAAGCCUUGACAACCAAAAUAGUGAUAUGAUCAAAGAAGGUAUUGCUAUAUUUGCAUUUGCAAUGGGUAAAUUAACUCAUUCUUUAACAUUAUUAUGUUGCUAUUUUUUCGAUCACAUCAGCAACUUUCAUGGGAAAGGUGAUGUCAGUUUAAAGUUAACAAAGAUAAAUAAAUCAUUCUAUUUUGAAUCGAAGAUUUUUAGCCAUUUUAAAAAAGUCUAUUUCCAACUUUGUUUUAAACAUUUAUUGACAGAAGGUGACAAAUUGGUCAUCAAUAAGUUAUGUACUGUAGAAGAACAAGGAAUUUACUCUCUUCUUUCAAAUUAUGGUUCAUUGAUAACCAGACUUUUAUUCGCACCAAUCGAGGAAUCUCUACGUCUGUUUUUGACUAAGUUGCUAUCAACAUCAAAGAGCAACAAAAACUUGAAUAUGUCAGUUGAAGUCUUACUCAAUUUACUCAAGUUUUACACGUAUCUUUCACUUUUAAUAAUUAUUUUUGGACCAGUUAACUCGUCUUUCAUCCUUCAAUUUUUGAUAGGAUCUAAAUGGUCAACUACAUCUAUCCUUCACACUAUACGAACAUACUGCUUCUAUUUACCAUUUUUGGCAAUGAACGGUAUCCUCGAAGCAUUCUUUCAAAGUAUUGCCACCGGUGAUGAAAUUUUGAUUCAUUCCUACAUAAUGAUGGUAUUUUCAGGUAUCUUCCUCUGCAGUUGUUGGGUCUUGAUAGAAUAUUUAAAACUUUCUAUCGAUGGCCUUAUUUUCAGUAAUAUUAUUAACAUGUCUCUUCGUAUAGCAUACUGUGGACAAUACCUUCUUAGAUUUUAUAGAAAGCUGGAUUCUGAAAAAAAUUCUAUUCUCGUCAACUUAAGUAAAUUCAGAUUAAUCUGUUUCUCAGCGCUGGUUGUAUGCUCAAUUAAUUGGUGUUUUAUUGGAUAUGUCAAGAAUUUCAAACAAUUCUUUGUGAAUGUUCUUUUGGCCACUAUCUUGCUGUGCAUAAUAUUGCUGAAGGAAAGAACAGCUCUUAAACAAUUAAUUGGCAUAAGAAAAGUUGAUGAUUCAAAAGAUAUUUAG